CCUUUAAACCUCGUCUCCCGCAAUACGUAUACCUCUCACCGCCCUUCGCACGCUCUCCAUACCUACACAUCCCCUCGCUCGCCGUUGUCCAGUUUUGCGCUCCCCAACUGCGCCCCUCGCCGCGAUGGAGUCAAUUCUCCGCCAGUCGCGGUCCAUGUGCCCAUUCCUCUCCAAGACGUCCCCCGCCACGCUGCGCUCGCUUUCCACGACCGCGACCUCGCACCAUGUCUCGCCGGGCGCUGGCAGCAUGUCCAAUCUGCAGGUGCUGGCCAGGCGCUGCCCCAUCAUGGGCAAAGCGCUUGCCGUCCAAAGCGCCCGCAUCGGCAAUAAUGCUCUUGCGGGCGCCUUUGGUGGCGCGCGGGCUUAUUCCACGCGUGUGAGCCGCGCUAGACUGCACACCUCGACACCAAAGGAAGCCCAGGCCGUCGACAUUGAGAGCCUGCGCUCCGAGCAAGUACCCUACCCGACUCCCGCGAAGAAGGUCGCAACUCCGGCUUCUCACUCUGUCACCCCUCCUGCUCCCCCGGCUGCGAAAUUCGACUACGAUGGCUUCUACCAGCAUGAAUUGGACAAGAAGCACAAGGACAAGUCGUACCGCUACUUCAAUAACAUCAAUCGACUCGCCAAGGAGUUUCCCCGUGCUCACAUGGCUUCGAAGGAGGAGAAAGUCACCGUGUGGUGCUCCAACGACUAUCUCGGCAUGGGACGCAACCCGCACGUGCUUAAGACAAUGCACGAGACCCUCGACAACUACGGCGCCGGUGCUGGAGGCACCAGAAACAUUUCUGGUCACAACCAGCACGCAGUGGCUUUGGAAGGCACUCUGGCGAAACUGCACGCAAAGGAGGCGGCCUUGGUCUUCUCGUCUUGCUACGUCGCCAACGAUGCCACCCUUGCGACUCUCGGCAGCAAGCUCCCCAACUGUGUUAUUCUGUCCGACAGCUUGAACCACGCCUCCAUGAUUCAGGGCAUUCGCCAUUCGGGUGCUAAGAAACUGGUGUUCAAGCACAACGAUGUGGCCGACCUGGAAGCUAAGCUCGCCUCUAUACCACCGGAACACCCCAAGAUCAUCGCGUUCGAAAGUGUGUAUAGCAUGUGUGGAUCAAUUGGACCCAUUGAGGAGAUCUGCGACCUAGCUGAGAAGUACGGUGCUAUCACCUUCCUCGAUGAAGUCCAUGCUGUCGGCAUGUACGGACCACACGGAGCUGGUGUUGCUGAGCACCUCGACUACGAAGCCCACGUAGCAGGCAGGCCGCAAGGCACUGUCAUGGACCGCAUUGAUAUCAUCACCGGAACUCUUGGCAAGGCAUAUGGAUGCGUUGGUGGCUAUAUUGCCGGAUCCGCGAAGAUGGUAGACGCCAUCCGUUCGCUCGCCCCGGGAUUCAUCUUCACCACCUCGCUGCCGCCUGCGACCAUGGCAGGUGCGAAGACUGCCAUUGAGUACCAGGCGAGCUACCAGGGCGAUAGGCGCCUUCAGCAGCUGCACACCCGUGCAGUCAAGGAUGCUUUGAACUCCAAGGACAUCCCUGUUAUUCCCAACCCUAGCCACAUUAUUCCGUUGCUGGUUGGCAAUGCCGAGAUCGCUAAGAAGGCUAGUGACAUGCUCCUCGAGAAGUGGGACAUCUAUGUCCAGGCCAUCAACUACCCCACUGUCCCAGUCGGCCAGGAGCGUCUCCGCAUCACGCCCACGCCGGGCCACGUCCGCGAAUACCGCGACCAUCUCGUCGAAGCCGUAGACAGCGUCUGGAACGAGCUCGGCAUCAAGCGCACCAGCGAGUGGGCUGCCGAGGGAGGCUUCAUCGGCGUCGGCGAGGCUGGCGUCGAGGAGCCCGAGCACCUCUGGACCGACUCGCAGCUCGAAGUCGAUACCGUUCUCAAGGAGAUGAAGGCUGGCGGUAGCGCCGUCAACAUUCUCGAGGCCAUCCUUGAGAAGGAACACCGUGCUACAGCACAGGCUGUCAGCGCUGCCGCUUAGGGCGAACAUGGUUCUGUCUCCGUUUCUUAGCAGUCGUUGCCGGGGAAGACCUGUUCGCUCCUUCUUCUUGAGGUCUGGUGAGCGUUGAGCCACGUCAUAUUACAUCAAUGAAACACCUUUUGCU